GCCAUGUCCAUGUAUGACUACAGCCUGGUCUGUAAUUUCCCCAAGUGCCGAGGCAGGCUGAGCGGCUUUGCCUGGGUGACGGCCUGCUCUCAUAUCUUCUGUGAUCGGCACGGUUCCGGUGAGUUCAGCCGCACUCCGGCCAUCUGCCCUGCCUGCUCCUCUGCCCUGGCAGGAAAACUGGACAUCGUGCGCACAGAGCUGGCACCUUCAGAGCAGUACAAGGCCAUGGUUUUGGUAGGAUUGCGACCUGAGACCGUCCUGGAUAUCAGCCAUCGCGCACUGGCCUUUUGGACAUACCAGGUAAACCAAGAAAGGUUGCUUAUGGAGUACAGUUUGUCCCGAGCAGAAAUGCAAGUUGGCCAAAUGGAGAAGCUGAUGGCACAACAGAACCAAUCCAAAGAGCAUGAACUGAACGCAUUGCGAGAGGAGAUUGCAACACUCAAUAAGAGGCUGGAGGAAUAUAAGCGAAAAUAUAGUGAAGUUUCAGAACUUCUGGUGAAGAGAAACAGACAGUAUCAGAAGCUUCAGGGACUGUUUGAGACUUUGAGGCUGCGUACCAUGGAGGCUUCUGACAAAGACGGACUGAACCAGGCUGCCCAUGUUUUCCCCUCUGGAAUAAUUAGGCAGCGCUCUCCCCACACCACUCCUCCUUUCUUGGCUGUGGGUCCAGAAGGUGAGAAGCCCUUCACUUCUUUCCUAGAACCAGAGGGCUUCAAGAGCUUUUUCCAGUUUAGCUCUCCACCAAGAGAGAAAGGGUAUUCCUUUAUAAAGAAAAACUGA